AUGGGCACGCCCCGCCCGCGAGCGAGCCAGACCCGUCGCGCCCCGCGGUCGAGCCCUCCCCUCCUCUUCCAUCCAGUCGCCGCAUCGCCAUCGCCCGUAUCUCGACCGUCUCUAUCUCCAUCCAUUCUUGCCCCUCUCACUAAACCGAUGCUACUGAAGGGGAUCACCGCCAACAUCCGUGUGCCCGACGGCAACGGCGGCCGAGACACGUUGGAAGAGUUCCAAACCUCGGCCAAAGGUCGCGCCGCUCGAUCGACGUACGUGUGUUCCAUCGACGACACGGCCUUUGAGCUGUUCCUUCGUCGCGACAAGGAGAUCUCGGACGACCUCGUCGUCGAGCUUACCAUCGACGGAGUGGAGGUAGACGGAGUAUGGCACUGGGAGGAGGGCACCGGCCUCGACUUCCCGCUCGACUGCGUGCCCUGCGGACGCGACGAGGAGCGUCUCCUUCGUUUCGCAAAGAUCGCACGCAUCAAGAACGAGGACGAGCCUGACGACGAGGACGAGACGGAGCUCGGCUGCAUCGAGGUGGCCGUGCAUCGCGUCAAGAUCCUAGGCACCAAGCGACGGGCCUGGUUCGGCGCAGCUACCGACCCCUGCAACGUGUCGGACCAUGCCGCUACUGACCGCAAGAACCGCGGCGGCAUCCCGCCGAGCCACAAGAUAGCCCUCGGCGAGCGCCGCAAGACCAAGCGGUUGCCCGAUCUCGAGCAAGUUUACGAGUACCGGGAUGCGAAAGCCCUCGCGAUCUUCACCUACUAUUACGCCUCAAGAGACGUGCUCGAGGCCAGCGGCAUCGUGCCCUCGGCGCCGGCGCCGUCGGGAUCUCGUUCAGAGCCGACCGCCGCCGAUGAUGCUACGCGCUCUAUCGCAGCGGCCAACGCCGAUGUCAAGGUCGAAGUGCACGAUGACCCGGAGCUGACGAGCCCUGACUCGGCGGCCAGCGUCAACGUCAAGCUCGAGGCGCACGACGAUACACCGGACGACGGUCGCCGCCGUUCAAAGCGCCUGCGCACGAGCGCAAACCGCCCGUAA